AUGUCUGAGGCUCACCGACGGGCCCUACCUACUGCCCUGGACUACCUUCCACCGGCUUUUUGGCCGGUGGUUGAAGAGGAGACUGAAUCGGAAUCGGACUCCGAGUCCUCGCGCUUUUCUGCAAUUGUUUCAUCAGAUGGUUGCGGAUUAGACUCCGAUUCCGAAGACAGUAGUGAUAUUACACAAAAAGGAUAUGAGAAAAAACGUUCAAAGUUAUUGGCUCCAUUUAUGCCAGCUCGAAGUCAAGGUGCAGCAAGUCCAUCCACAAGAGCUAAACGAAGAGCCCAGCGUAGGCUUACUCGAAAUGAAAGUCGAUAUCACUCAGAAGUUCGACAAGAAGCUGUUCAGCAGGCACUGGCAGCAAUGCAAAAUAGGCCAAAACCGUCAGUCCCUAUGCCAUCAAAAAGAACCUCAGUCAUGGCAACAUCCCCAACAAGGGAACGUCAUGCUUCAGAUUCAUCAUCUGAUGAUGAUAGUGCUCUUAAUGAAGGCAGUACGCCCGAACAAGAACAUCUUCCUUCUCACUCUAUUCAUCAUGCCACAACAUCUCAGUCUGAUACUUCUAGUACUUCCUCUACUAGAGAAACACCUUCACCUCAACAAUGGUAUAAUGGUAGACCUAAUAGAGUUGAUGACUAUUGGGUUCAACAUAGUGGCUGUGCAAGUCCAAUGACUAAUCUUGCUGAUGUCAUGCAAAACCUUACUCCAAGUCUUAGUGUACAGCCAGAUGUUACCAACACUUCUGCUGAAGUUACUAGAUGGACAUCAGCUGAUCAUGUAAACCGUUACAAUCAAGCUCACAUGACAUCAGUUCGCAUUACUCAUCAUUCUUCCACAGGUCUUAGUUAUGAAACUGGUACUGGGAAAUGGAAAGUUUCUGCAAAAAUUCAACAGCUCCUAAAUACUUUGAAGAGACCAAAAAGAAGACCUUUACCUGAAUUUUAUGUUGAUGAUGAAUCUGAUUUAGAAACAAAACAACUUGACCCCAAUGCACCAAGGCCUGAAGGAAACUUGAUGGCUCCAAUUACAGGAGAGGAGUUAUUGGUUCCCUCUGGGCUUCCUCUCACAUGUGAAGCAGCUAUAAAAAGAUAUGGGUCAGGAACAUUCAAAGCACCUGCAGCAACAGUGUUGGACACAACUGGCAAAAUUAGUAACCCUCUAACUUACGGGAAAUUAUUAAGCAGAUCCCAAAAGAUUGGUUACAGUCUUCUUAACAAAGUAGGUCAGAAAGGCGAAAUUGGAAUUAAACCCGGUGAUCGUGUGGCUUUGGUAUACCCUAACAGCGACCCACUUUCAUUUAUGUGUGCAUUUUAUGGGUGUGUCACUGCUGGAGUAGUACCUGUUCCUAUUGAAGUACCUCUUACACGAAGGGAUGCUGGAUCCCAACAAAUAGGUUUUUUACUAGGAAGUUGUAGUGUAAAUUAUGCUUUAACAUCUGAAGCUUGUUAUAAAGGGCUCCCUAAAACUGCCACUGGUGAUAUUCAUACUUUUAGAGGUUGGCCAAAGUUAAAUUGGGUUGUAACAGAACACCUUAGCAAACCUCCUAAAGAUUGGACUCCACCAUCUAGGCUGACGGAAGAAACUCCAGCUUAUAUAGAAUAUACUGUAGAUAAAGAUGGAGCAAUGAAAGGUGUAGCAAUUACUAGAAUAGCUACUGCCAAUCAUUGCAGAACAUUAACUGCUGCAUGUAAUUAUACUGAAGGGGAAGUUAUGGUUUGUGUACUAGACUUCAAACGUGAUGUUGGUCUAUGGCACAGCAUCCUUACUAGUGUCUUAAAUGGUAUGCAUGUAAUUUUCAUACCUUAUGCAUUGAUGAAAGUCAAUCCAGCUUCUUGGUUAAUCAUGAUUACUAAGUUUAAAGCCAGUGUUGCUAUUUGCAAAUCAAGGGAUUUACACUGGGGUUUACUAGCUACCAAAGAUCACAAAGAUGUUAAUCUUAGUUCCUUGAGGUUACUUCUUAUUGCAGACGGAUCUAAUCCAUGGUCAUUAUCUUCUUGUGAUCAGUUUAUUAGUGUGUUUCAUAGUCGAGGUCUUAGACCUGAUGCUGUUUGUCCUUGUGCUGCAUCUCCGGAAGGCUUAACUGUUUCUGUUCGAAGGCCAGGACAAACAUUGGGUCCUGUAUCCUGUGGUCGAGGAGUUCUCUCGAUGUCAGCUUUAAGUUAUGGAGUUAUUCGAGUAGAUCAAGAAAACAGUUUAACUUCUUUAACUCUGCAAGAUUGUGGGCAAAUUAUGCCUGGAGCCUUUGCAGCAAUAGUUUCUGUGAAUGGUCUUCCAUUUUUGUGUAAAACUGAUGAAGUUGGAGAAAUUUGUGUGAGCUCUUAUGGUACUGCAUCAUCAUAUUGGGGUUUACAAGGACUUACAAAUACAAUUUUCAAAAUGCAGCCUUUGUAUUCUGAUGGAACUCCAGUUAAUGAUCAGAAUUGGGUUCGCACUGGAUUAUUAGGCUUUAUUGGUCCUGGUGGCUUGGUUUUUGUUUGUGGAACUCGAGAUGGUCUCAUGCAAGUUAGUGGCCGUAAACAUAACACAGAUGAUAUCAUUGCUACAGUUUUAGCUGUGGAACCAAUGAAGUUUAUCUACAGGGGAAGAAUUGCUGUUUUCUCAGUAAAAGUACUGAGAGAUGAACGAAUUUGUGUUAUUGCUGAACAAAGACCCGAUUGUGCAGAGGAAGAGAGUUUUCAAUGGAUGAGUAGAGUUUUACAAGCUGUUGAUAGCAUUCAUCAGGUUGGAAUAUAUUGUCUUGCUUUAGUGUCUCCUAAUUGUUUGCCAAAGACUCCGUUGGGAGGAAUUCACUUAUCUGAAACGAAGAGACGGUUUCUGGAAGGAAGUUUACAUCCAGCUAAUGUUCUCAUGUGUCCUCACACCUGUGUUACAAAUCUACCUAAACCAAGAGAAGUGCAUCCUGAAGUUGGCCCUGCCUCAGUCAUGGUAGGAAACAUGGUUCAAGGUGUUAGACUUGCCUCAGCUCAAGGACGGGAUAUUGGAGUAAUUGAUGAUGAUAGUGACACCGCUCGCAAGUAUCAAUUUAUCUCUGAAAUUUUAAAAUGGAGGGUCACAACAACUGCAGAUCAUGUCAUAUUCACCCUCUUUAAUGCUAAGGGUGGGAUAACAGGUACUCUUACUUGUUCACAACUACAUAAACGAGCAGAAAGAGUUGCAUGCUUGCUGUUGGAAAAGGGGAAACUCAAUACUGGUGAUCAUGUGGCUUUAAUUUAUCCUCCUGGAUUAGAUCUGAUUUGUGCAUUUUAUGGCUGCCUUUAUGUUGGUGUUGUUCCAGUGACCAUUAGACCCCCACAUCCUCAAAAUCUACAAACUACAUUGCCAACUGUCCGAAUGAUAGUAGAUGUUAGCAAAUCUGUUCUUAUAUUAUCAACAGCUAUUGUGUCCAAGCUACUAAAAUCUAAAGAGGCUGGAAAUGUAGUUGAUGUUAAAUCCUGGCCUCUCAUCUUGGAUACUGAUGACAUUCCAAAAAAGAAGUUAACCAGUAUUUAUAGAGCUCCAACUCCAGAAAUGAUAGCAUACUUGGAUUUCAGUGUAAGCACAACUGGAAUGCUUGCUGGAAUAAAAAUGUCCCAUGCCGCAUCGACAUCUCUUUGUAGAAGCAUGAAGCUAGCUUGUGAAUUAUACCCUUCCAGACACAUAGCCCUUUGUUUAGAUCCUUAUUGUGGAUUAGGAUUUGCUCUUUGGUGUUUGAACAGUGUUUAUUCAGGUCAUCACACAAUAUUAAUACCACCUUCUGAAGUUGAAAUAAAUCCUGCUCUUUGGUUAACUACAAUUAGUCAGUAUAAAGUUCGUGAUACAUUUUGCUCAUAUGGGGUAAUGGAGUUAUGCACAAAAGGAUUGGGUUCUUCCAUUACUCAGUUAAAGCGAGGGAUUAACUUGAGCUGUGUCAGAACAUGUGUAGUGGUAGCUGAAGAAAGGCCAAGAGUGGGUCUGACAACUUCUUUUUCUAAAUUAUUUUCUGGCUUAGGCUUGUCUCCUAGAGCUGUUAGUACAAGUUUUGGAUGCCGUGUCAAUGUUGCAAUCUGUCUUCAAGGUGCCUCUAGCCCUGAUCCCACUGCAGUUUAUGCGGAUAUGAGAGCUUUACGUAAUGACAGAGUAACUUUAGUUGAAAGAGGUGCACCCCAUAGUCUUUGUUUGAUGGAAUCUGGAAAACUUCUUCCUGGUGUAAAAGUGGUUAUUGCUAAUCCUGAAACCAAAGGACAAUGUGGAGAUUCUCAUCUUGGAGAGAUCUGGGUGCAGUCAUCACAUAAUGCAAGUGGUUAUUUUACCAUUUAUGGAGAUGAUUCCCUUCAUAAUGAUCAUUUUAAUGUAAAACUGAUCACUGGAGAUUCGUCUCAGACAUAUGCCAGAACAGGCUACUUAGGGUUCCUAAGAAGAACAGAAAGUGUUCAAGCCGAUGGAGAACUUCAUGAUGCUGUUUUCGUGGUUGGCUCUCUAGAUGAAACAGUUAUGUUGAGAGGAAUGAGAUACCAUCCAAUUGAUAUUGAAAAUAGUGUUUUAAGGUGCCAUAAAAAAGUGUCUGAAUGUGCUGUAUUUACUUGGACAAACCUGCUAGUUGUAGUGGUGGAAUUGGAUGGCAAUGAAAAUGAAGCAUUGGAUCUUGUACCACUAGUCACAAAUGUAGUUUUAGAAGAACACCAGCUGAUUGUUGGUGUUGUUGUAGUUGUCGAUCCAGGAGUUGUGCCUAUAAACUCCAGGGGGGAAAAGCAAAGAAUGCAUUUGCGAGAUGGAUUUUUAGCUGAUCAAUUAGAUCCAAUUUAUGUGGCUUACAAUAUGUGAGCUGUUGUUUACUUCUAUACAUUUUGAAUCCGAGUUUGAGAAGUGGAAGCAGAAGAAAGAAAAACAACACUUCCACUCCUGGAUAUUGCAAAGAUGUUAAGAGUAUGAAUUUGCUUA